UCUGAUGGCAGGAAGAGGGAACGCGCGGGGUUGUUGUAGUACAGCUAGUGAACCACCGCGAACCACUAGAGACAGUGUUAUCAUAACGUUCUUUUUCUGUCACCCUGAUAUUGGACUAUAAGUUAACGUUGCUUCGGUAACAUACUGCAACAAGCAUCUCAGGUGUAUAUUGGACAAAAUCCUGUCAAUCCCUGGAGUAUUAGAAGAACGAAUGCUGAUUUGAGUUGACGCUGGAAAACUCGUCGGUGAAAAAUGGAAGUCGCCAUUCCAGAGGAGCCGCAAAAGAAAGUCUUCCGCGCCCGAAAAACCAUGAAGGCAAGAGAUCGACCGCAGCUUGAAGUUCUCCACAACACCCUGUCGACAGUAUCGGCAAAAACAGCCACCCCACCUUCGUCGUCGCCGUCUUCAUCAACUUCGACGAUCCCGGCACCUAUGGUGAACGGCACACAUUCUGAUGACUGUGUGAAGGCCACGGCGAAAAGCAAAGAACCAGGGAAAGAGAAGACAAAGGAGAGGGAGAAGACGGCCACAGUCAACGGGCCGAGCUCAAACUCGCCCGCCCCCCGCCACCCCCCGCGUCCGGUUCUGCGUCUCCGCACCUAGGACUGUCUCUGUCCUGGUCCCCCUCUCCGUCCACCCAGAGCCUCAAGCCCUCGGCGGCGGUGACGAAGAACGGAGAACGAAGAAUGGAAGAGAAGACAGAGGGAGAGAUGGAGGUAGACACGGAUAUGGACAAAGAGAAAGGGAAUGAGAAAAAGGAGGAGGAGGAGGGUGAGACAGAGUCGAAGAAGAAUGAGGGAAAGGCUUCUCGAUCGUCCAGCCCCACAGAAUUAGCCUCUGCAGCAGCCACCGAUGCCACAUCCUCAAGCAAGAAGCGGCCGCCGUCUCCGGACGGAGAAAAGAGCGAAGAGAAGGCGAGAGAGGCGACCACAGAGGAGGAGAGGAGGGGCAAGCGGCCGAGGGUGGAGGGCCUCGAACUGGAGGUAGAAGCGCAGAUAGAGCUCAAGAUCACCGAGGGUGCUGCUGGCAGCCGCCUGAAAAUUGAGAAGGUGGUGCAAAAGCUGGUGGAGGAGCGGCUUCGCGUGCUGGAGCUGACCGUGUUCGACCGUACUCUCCAGGAGCUGAAGGAGAGAGUGGAGAAGAUCGACUGUGCUACCAAGCACCAGGGCACACUCAACACACUACAGGCCAGAAUCACCCGACUAGUCAAGAAAUUUGGAGCUGCUAACCAGGCAUCGGAGAACAGCAGAAAGGUCCAAGAGGAGGUCAUGCCCUUUGCAGUGGUGGGUAGUGAUAAGGAGUACCAGGUCAACAACGGGUCCUGGGACGGAAAGCAGCAUGUGAAAACAGCAGUUGAAAAUCUGAACCACAGCGAGUUCUCCCUACUCCGAGAUUUCAUCAUCAGGUCUCACCUCCAGGAUCUGAAAGAGGUGACCCACAACAUUCACUACGAGACGUACCGCGCCAAACGCCUCAACGACAACGGUGGCCUCCAUCCCAUUUCUACGGCAGCGGACACGCAGGAAAGCAACCUCUGAACUGCACAAAGGCACGAAGGAGAGAGAGAGAGAUGGAGCAAAAGAGAGAGAAAGGGAGGAAGAAGACUGGAGAGAAUGACAUAGAGCGAACGAGAGAGGAAGAGAAAUAAAAACUAAGAGAGAGAGAAAAAAUUAUUUGUUUUUCUUUUGCUAGCUUAAACUGUUUUCGUGUCGUGCCAUGUGAUCAUUGCAUGUUCGAAGGGAGCUCGUUGUUGUGCCCGAGUUUUUCCUGUCGAGAUGACGCUUUGGUUUUCUUUUCCUUGUGUAAGUGAGCGUGUGUUCUGGCCACACACUCACCACUGUCCUAUCUCAACUCUCUUACACAGCUCACAAUAGUAAACUCCCCUGUCCUCAAGCACCCAGGGAAGAAAAGAGAGGAGAAAGGACAAGGUGAUGUUUAAUCAGUAUUAUUUAAUUAGACGAACCCAGCACAAGGUGCUUUUAAGAAUUUAUUAAUUUCACACUUGUUAAAAUGAAUAGUAUUCUCAUGUUCUUUUUGCCUUGAAUGGAUAAGCCGUUUUUGUUUACCUUUUGGUCCUUAGUACACUUCUUAGUCUAGUGCCACCUAGUGGAUGGGGGGCUGUACUGCCACGGGAACAAGAGAAUCAACCACUAGGUCCUCUCUUGUUCCAUAAAGCCUCGUCCAGUACAAAGUUUACAACCCACCUAGUGCCAUGGCGCCCAAAUGGACCCUCCAGCACACAACGAUACAAAUCAUUCCGAAAUUAUCAACACUGAAAGGGAGGAAGAAGACUGGAUAUGUUGUACCCGACUUUUGCCUGUCGAGAUGACGCUUUGGUUUUCUUUUCCUUGUAUAAGUGAGCGUGUGUUCUGGCCACACACUCACCACUGUCCUAUCUCAACUCUCUUACACAGCUUACAAUAGUAAACUCCCCUGUCCUCAAGCAUGCAACAACAAUUAGAUAAUCACAGAAGAACUGAAAACUAGAAAAUGUAAUUUCAAGGAAAUUACUAGUGCAUGAAAUAGCAAAACAUACAUUAACCUAAAAUGCAAAACAAACUUUUAUUUGGAAACAGUUGUGGUCACAGGAAGUCAUAGUUGAUGACAACUGACAGUUGAAUAGUUCAAUAGUUGAGUAGUUUAAAUAGCUAAAUUAAUUAAUAGUGAAUUAAUAGAUGUGCAUAGGUAGACAGUUCAAUGGAUGUUAAUAGUUUAAUGGAUGAAGUGAAGAAAAAGAAGUGAAAGAAAGUGGGGAAGAGAAAAGUGAGCUAUCCAGUUCAAGGGAGAGAGACACAGAGAAGAGGUUCCUUUGAAGUUGCUGCAGUCGGUGAGAGGUGCAGUGCAUUGCAUUCUAAGUCGUUAAUUGGCCAAGUUUCUGCAGCUGUCAGUUGAUACAGGUGCAAAUCAGUUUGAUUAGCCCAUUGUGAUGUCAUAGUGCCAAUGCAAAGUCUAUGGGGAUAAAUAAGCUUGAUUUAUGUUAAUAUUUCAAAAAGUAUAAAGUUUACAAAAAUGAAAAGUACAUUCCUCAAGUGUCCUUUUCAAGACCUACUGUACAUUAUAAAGUCUGAACGGAGUUUCUCAGUUAAACGGUUGAAGCUGAACUAGACGCAGACAUUUGGUGGGAAGAAGAAGACUUUGGAUAACAGAACAGUGCAAUUUCAUGCACAGUAAUUAUGCCAUAAAAACAGACUCAAUCAGUAUAGUCCAUGCGCUUGUGUGUGCAUGUAGGUACUGCUUUCUUCUAAACUCAGCCUAUUAUGAUAUUAAUACAUUACAUAAUCAAUGUUCCCAUCAGCUGCAAGCACACUGACUUAUCAAGAGAUCCUCUGGAACUGUUCUGAGGUUCUAGAACCAUUGUCCAGUUUUAUGAGUUACUGAUCAUAUCUCUCAGACUGUUUUAGUCUCUCGUUGUAAAUCUCUCUCCUUUGAUUUAACAUCACUUUACAUUAAUGCUGUUGUUUCCAAUAAAGUGCU